GCAGCGGCGUCGGCAUCUCGGCCAGUUCUGUUGCUUUUUGGGGCCUGUCGUGCCGGCGUCGUUGUGGUGCUUACUAGCGUGCUUUUUUUUAUUAAUACUAUUAUUACUAUUCUUUUAUUUGUUCAACGCUCUCUCUUGUUCCGGUUCCGCGUUUUUGUACUCUCUUUGUCUGUCCGUAUGUGUGUGUGUCUGUGCGCGUCUCUUUCUGUGCGACUCUUUUUGCGUUGUUUGUCUUGUUCGCGGUUCCCUUUUUCUGCCGCGAAAGCUGCUGCUUCUUCAUUGUCGCAUAGUUAGCAUUUAGUUGCUUUUUUUGUACAAAUGUGAUAUAAUUUUGUUAAGUAUUUAUUUAUUUAAUUGUAAAAAAACGAGCUAAAAACGCGCACACACAGAAGGAAUACCACGCAGUAGCAGCACUCGCAGUCGCAGCAAAGCCAACGCCAACGCCAGCAGAAACAGCGUCCCCAGCAGAGAGAAGAUCACAUAUCUCUCCGCCACCGCCACAAUGGUCUACUCCACCAACAUACUGCUGGCCAUCGUCACCAUCCUGACGGCCGUGUUCGUGUGGUCGCGCCGUACCUAUGUCUACUGGCAGCGGCGUCGCGUCAAGUUCGUGCAGCCGGCGCAUCUGUUGGGGAACCUCAGCAAGGUGCUCCGUCUGGAGGAGUCGUUCGCGCUGCAGCUGCGACGCUUCUAUUUCGACGAGCGGUUCCGCAAUGAGCCCAUCGUGGGCAUCUACCUGUUCCACCAGCCGGCGCUCCUCAUCCGGGACCUGUCGCUGGUGCGGACCGUGCUCGUCGAGGACUUUGUGAGCUUCUCGAAUCGGUUCGCCAAGUGCGAUCUGCGACACGACAAGAUGGGCUCGCUCAACCUCUUCUUCGCCAAGCAGCCAGAGUGGCGGGAAAUACGGACGAGGCUGUCCCCCGUCUUUACGGGGGCGAAGAUUAAGCAAAUGUUCUCGCUGAUGGAGGAGAUUGGCUGCGAUUUGGAAUAUUAUCUGAAGAGACUGACGCGCGAUAUGCGGAGAAGCGACGCCUCCGCACGCGGCGUGAUCGUGAGCAUUAAGGACGUGUGCGAUCUGUAUAACACGGACAUGAUCGCAAGCAUCGCCUUCGGCCUGAGAUCGUAUAGCCUGAGGAGCACGCAGUCGGAGAUUGGUUCACACUGUCAGGACAUCUUCCGGCCGAAUGUGCGGCGGAUAAUUGACUUUUUCGUGAUAUUUUACCUGCCCAAGCUGGUGCCGCUGUUGCGGCCCCGUCUGUUCACGGAGCCGCAUGCGGAGUUUCUGCGCCGGGUCAUCCAGCUGGUGAUCGAGGAGCGGGAGCGCGGCGGCGACCUGCGCAACGAUCUCAUCGAGAUGCUGCUAACGCUCAAGAAGGAGGCGGAUCUGCAGAAGGACAAGUCCCACUUCACGCAUCAUCGCGACUUCCUGGCCGCCCAGGCGGCCAGCUUCGAGGUGGCGGGCAUCGAGACAUGCUCGUCCAGCCUCUCCUUCGCCCUCUACGAGCUGGCCAAACAGCCCCUCAUGCAGGCCCGGCUCCGGCGCGAGAUACGCGAGACCUUCGAGGAGUCCCCGGCCGGGUCGCUCAGCUACGAGCUAAUCGGCCGGAUGCAAUACCUUGAAAUGAUCGUCGAGGAGACGCACCGCAAGUACCCCAUUGUGCCGCUGCUGGAGCGCGAGUGCACCCCCAUUAACAAGAAGCGCUUCUACUCGCUCCGUCCGCACGCCGAGUGCUAUGCCCGUCGCGGCAUGCCCAUCUAUAUAUCCAAUCUGGCCAUACACCAUGACCCAAAGUACUGGCCGGAUCCGGAACGCUUCGAUCCGGAGCGCUUUAGCGCCGAAAAUAAAUCACAUCAGGCCCCGAUGUCGUAUCUGCCGUUCGGCGCCGGGCCCAAGCACUGCAUUGGGAUGCAGAUUGGCCAAUUGCAGAUAAAGCUGGGACUCAUAUACUUUCUGCGUCGGCACCGGGUCGAGCUCUGUGAGAAGACUGUCGAGCGCAUCAGCUUCGAUGCCAAGUUCGCGCUUUUGGCCAGCGAACACCGCAUUUACCUCAAGGUCGCCGACUGCUUAUAGCGCCUUGUCAUCAUCCCCGUCGUUGGCAGAAGCAGCCCCAUUAUUAGCCCCAUCUAUGUCAUCGUCGUCAUCGUCAUCAUUUGCCACAUUGUAUAUACCAGGGCAUGCCUCAAAUAAACUUUGCUACUUUCUUUUUUUUUUACCCGUAUUUUGCAACGAAAA